ACAGGAAGCGCCUCAGUGUCAGUGUGAGUUAGUGGCGGUGAAGCCUGAAUACAGGCAGCGCUCCAGACUGACCGUGUCUCUGUAGAUCAUUAUUUAUUAUUGUUAUUCAAGAACAAACAAAGGCAUUUGGUCAAAGAUAGAUAAGAUUCCUCGGAAGGACUGGGGAACCUGGAGCUGAAUAAACGCCUAGUCCUGUGCUGUGCUGUGUGUGUGUGUGUGUGUGUGUGUGUGUGUGUGUGUGUGUGUGUGUAUGGAUGUUGAGGAUCAUCAGCGUUUCUCCGUUAUUUCCUGGAACCGUGCAGGACUCUUAUAAUCGAUGCUCGCAUUGUGGUGUUGUUCUGCGGAGCUGCUUGUACAUUUCUCCGACUGGUUCCACGGCUGUGCUCCUGCACGCUCUCUCCAUCGAGAGUUAUUGACGAAAAAUCGCCUUUAUUCCGCUUUAUUGUUUGACCUUUCGGACGCCUGUCAUGAGCUUCACACUGCUGAGCUCCAGCCCCGAGUCGCGGCUCUCCGUCCCACUGUUCGUGGGUGAAAAGAAACUCCUCUGACACCAUGUAGGUCGUCGCCUCGGACGACUGCUUCCGACGGAGACUCGAAGGUGCUUAAGUGGGUCAGAAAAUGACAGCUUAGGCGAGCCAGAAGAAACAAGCAAGCUCCUUCAGAUCUCCAUCUAUUAUUACUGCAGUCUGCGCCUACUGUAGCUAACGCCUCAACCCAACACAAUCCCAAACACAAAGGCUUGUGUGUGUGUGGACGCGGAUCAUACACUCUUCAUAUUUUACAUUAGAUUGCAUUAGAUAGCUCGCUGUACGAAGAGACAGCUGUAUUUUAUUAUUCAUGCGAGCUGUCUGGGGCAUGGGGGACAGGAAGGACAUCAGGUUCAGCCUUAGCUAGUGCUAAAACUGUCCCCCCCUCCUCCUCCUCCUCCUCAAUUGGCCUGUAUUUCUCCCCGGGACACACUGUGGACAGACAUGGAGACGGUUGGAGACUUCGAGUACAGCCGGAAAGACCUGAUAGGACACGGAGCCUUCGCGGUCGUCUUCAAGGGAAGACAUAAAAAGAAGACAGAAUGGGAAGUGGCUAUCAAGAGCAUUAACAAGAAGAACCUCUCCAAAUCUCAGAUUCUGCUUGGGAAGGAGAUCAAAAUUUUGAAGGAACUGCAGCAUGAGAACAUUGUGGCACUUUAUGAUGUCCAGGAAACACCUAAUUUUGUUUUUCUUGUAAUGGAGUUUUGUAAUGGAGGAGAUCUGGCAGACUAUUUACAAGCUAAGGGCACUUUGCGAGAGGACACCCUGAGGAUCUUUCUCCAGCAAAUAGCAGCAGCCAUGCGCAUCCUCAACAGCAAGGGUAUCAUCCACCGAGACCUCAAACCCCAGAACAUCCUCCUAUCCUACACGGGCCGCAAGAAAUCAAGCAUCAGUGGCAUCCGCAUUAAAAUUGCUGACUUUGGCUUUGCACGCUAUCUUCAGAGUAACAUGAUGGCAGCCACUCUGUGUGGUUCCCCUAUGUACAUGGCUCCAGAAGUAAUAAUGUCCCAGAAUUAUGAUGCCAAAGCAGACCUGUGGAGCAUUGGGACUGUUAUUUAUCAGUGUCUCGUGGGGAAGCCACCCUUUCAGGCCAACAGCCCACAGGACCUGAGGAUGUUCUAUGAGAAAAACAAGACACUGGUGCCAAACAUCCCAAGGGAAACAUCUCCUCCUCUUUCUGAUCUGCUGCUGGGUUUACUACAGAGGAAUCAGAAGGACCGGAUGGAUUUUGACACUUUCUUCAGCCAUCCCUUCAUGAAUCAAACAUCGAACAUCAAAAAAUCUUGUCCGAUGCCAGUGCCUGCAUGCCCCAGCUCCAUAUCGGAGAGCGCUUGUGGCAGCUCGCCCUCCUGUCGUUACGUCUCACCUCCGUCGUUACCCGACAUGCAGACUUUGCCUGAAGACGUGCUCUCCUCUCCACCACUCGGCCCUCCCAACUACCUGCAGUUGUCUAAAGAGUCCGGUGGCAGCACCAGCAGCAAGAACUCCUCCUGCGAUACGGACGACUUUGUGCUGGUGCCGCACCUAUCCGGAGAACAGUCCUAUGAUCUGCCAUUGGGAGCCACUGGCCGUAGACCGUCCAGUGAGUUUCUGCUGUGCGGAGGGCAGCUGCAGCCCUCUUCAGGCCAAAACCCUGUGGUGUCCCCUCGAGCGGAGACCACCCCGAUCCCGGUGCCCACUCAGGUGCGCAACUACCAGCGGAUCAAGCAGAACCUCUCCAGCAGCCCCAGCACCACGCUCUACGGCUCACCCAGGUUUGGCACAGUGCGGCGCUCCAACACUAGCCCUAUGGGAUUCCCAAAAACUGCCUCCGGGUCCCCCGAUGCUGCCCAGACUGUGGGACGAAGACUCUCCACUGGCAGCUCCCGUCCAUACUCGCCUUCUCCACUGGUGGCUACUAUUCCUGAACAGCUGGGCCACUGCUGUUGUGGACAUCCCCACGGUCAUGAGGCACGCACCCGCAGCUCCUCUAGUGGUUCCCCUGUACCCCCAUCUCAGUUACUGGGCGCUCGUCUCCAGAGUGCACCCACCCUGACCGACGUCUAUCAAAACAAGCAGAAGCUGUACAAGCAGCUCUCCGAUCCUGUGCAGCCUACUGCAUUAGCAUAUCCUCCAACCCACUCACCACAGCUGGGACGCCCUGGCAACCUGGGGACCUCCCCCACCAAGCACCUUGGCUCCUCGCCCCGCACCUCUGAUUGGCUGCAGAAGUCCCCCCUGCCCACCAUCAUUGGCUCACCAACUAAGACAACUGCUCCUUUCAAAAUCCCUAAAACUCAGGCCUCGUGCAACCUCAUGGCCUUGGCUUCUCAACAGGGCAUAGUGGACAGAUCUAACUCCAGUAAGAUGUCCACUGAUGCCAGGGAGAUCUGCCCCCACCACUGGUCCCCGUACCCCAGCGGGCGACAUUCAGCUUCAGAGAGCACCAAAACUACCUUUGGCAGGUCUGUGAGUGCAGGGCGUUUGUCAGAGCAGCCUGUGAGAAUCACUCUGGGAGGACAGACGUACCAGGGCAGUACAGACAGCCUCAACACAGAGAGACCUAUGGACACAGCCCCUGCAGGGUCAUGUGGUUUGGCAGAGGGCGGUGCGAGUCCCCGUACUGUAUUAUUCACAGUAGGCUCGCCCCCAAACAGCAUCACCCCUCCCACUUGCAGUCACCUGAGCACACGCCCUCGCACCACAUCAGUGGGGUCCAACAGUUCAGCAGGCUCGCUGAUCUCCACAAGUGGAAAGGUAUGCACAGGUUCUCCUCCUGCUAUUGCUAUGGGUAGUUCUCCACCUGGGGCAGAAGCAGCCCCCAGCAGCCUACGAUAUGUCCCCUAUGGCACCUCUCCACCGAGCCUUGAUGGGUUUAUCACUUUCGAGGCUCCUGAGCUCCCAGAAGAAACACUGAUGGAGAGAGAGCACACAGACACACUAAUGCACCUGCGGAUGAUGUUGUCCUUUACGGACUGUGUGUUGGAGAUGGCUGCUGUGAGAGCAGGAGGAGCAGACCUCGGCAUUUCCGCAGCCUCACUUUACCCUCCUCAGGAGAGUGUUGUGGUGGACCAGAUCAGCCAGCUCAGCAAGGAGUGGGGGCAAGUGGAGCAGCUGGUGCUGUACAUGAAGGCUGCACAGCUGCUCGCUUCCUCUCUGCACCUGGCCAAAUCUCAGAUCAAGUCUGCCAAGCUGAACCCCUCCAGCGCUGUCAAACAAGUGGUUAAAAGCCUGAACGAGCGCUACAAGAGCUGCAUCUCUCUGUGCCGCCAGCUCACGGACAAACUCAAUAACUUCUUCUCAGACAAGCAGCGCUUUGUGGACGAGAUCAACAGCGUGACUGCUGAGAAGCUCAUAUACAACCACGCUGUGGAGAUGGUCCAGUCGGCAGCACUGGACGAGAUGUUCCAGCAGACAGAGGACAUUGCGUACCGCUACAACAAAGCCGCAAUGCUUUUGGAGGGUCUCGCGAAGAUCUUGCAGGAUCCGGCAGACAUAGAGAACGUCACCAAGUAUAAGGCAAGUGUGGACCGGAGGAUCUCUGCAUUGUGUUACUGCACUGUCACCUUGUAUGAAUAGAACCCUCAGACACACCCCAGUGACCACAGGGACCAUCCUCCCUACAACUCGCUCAGACUAGAGGACCUCCUCACUCCCACUUCUACCACUUCGUAGCAGCCAGAGCACUUUUCCUUCUUAAUUUUUUUAAUUAAAUUUUUUUUUUUUCCAAAAAUCACCAGGACCUACAGAACAAGUAUUAUUAUUGUUUUUUGGUUUUUUACGAAGGACCUCUUCCACCAAAUCACUACCAAAGAUAAAAUGCAACAACAAUACAGAUUCUGUUCUCAAAGAACGAGGCACUGGACCUCCCCUGUAUGUUUUUUCAGCAGUUCUCCACAGAACAAAUCAUACAGAUUUUUCCUCUUUUUAGACUGAGGACUGGUCUGUAUUUUUAAGUACUUUUUUAAAUACUGUAUUCUGUUGUAGUGUAAAUAUUUAUUGAUUUUAGGAGGAAAUUAGUGUUAUGUUUAAAUGCUUUUCUUGACUUUGGUCGGACUGUAAUUAGUACACACGCACACGUACUCGGCUGUCUUUAGCACGGGAGCCUGAGAUUUAUAACAUUAUCUUUUUAUUUCAAAAACAUAAGCACUUUAUUGACACAGACGUGGACAUGGCUUAUGCUAGAACCCACACUGAGUUGCUCUCCAUGGCUUGACUUGCUGCCUGGCUGAACAGGCUUUAAAGAGACAAUAAAACGCCUGUCAUGAGCAGGGAGAAGAGUUUACUCCGCGAUCAGGAUCAGUUUAUCAACGAUAACGGUCAAGAUACUUGAGUAGUUCCUUUUUUUUUUUUUUUUGGUAAUAUAAAAAACUAUAUACUAUCCACCGAGGAUAUAUAUACAUACAAACUGACGUUUGUGACCUGUAAAUAUUUGAAUGUGCACGUGUGAUGGUUGUUUUUUUGUUUGAUUUGGAAUGAAGGCAGUUAUACGAGCGGGAUUCUCUGCCACUCAAUCCAAGAGCACAAGUCAUUUUAUUAUUUUUUUAGCGGUUUGAUACUUAUCCACUACUGCCAUUCAGACUCUUAUGCAGCCCUCAAGGAAGAGACCUCAUGUUUGUCUUUGCAUGGCAGCUCAGACUUCAGAAAACCCUGUGCUCUAUGAAGUACAUUCCUUUUUGGAGUGCAAUCGGAUGCGGAAACGAAGCAGAAAUGCUAAUGUGAAAACUCUCCACUAAGCAGUAAGCAGCCAAACUGGCUUUGCCUUUCCCUGGCUCUGUGUGUUUGUAUGUAUGAUACUGUACAUAUGUGUGUGUGUGUGUGUGUGUGUGUGCGGGUGUUGGUGUGUAUGUGUCACAUCUGCCCUAAAAGGCCAGUUUAAAAAAAACAACUGAACUGAAAGCACUGCAGACGUAGACUGCUUUCACUUGUACAUGUGUUAAUAAGAACCUUCUGGUGAUCUCCUGGUGGUCUCCAGUGUGUUCUUCUUUCCUUUCAUUUUGUGGUUUGUAUAUUUCAUUCUCAGACUUUACCUUUAGAAAUCUACAUUGUACAGGAGGUAAAAAAUGGCAUAAACAUAUUCUCCUGAUGUGUCCUAUCCAAUCCAUGCACAGCUCUGUAGCCUGUAGACGUCCCCUCAUUUUCAGGAUGUUUUUUUUAGAAGUGAUUGGCGCAGAGAACAUCUCGUGCCUGUGGAAAGGUGAGAAUGUAUAAUCCCCUGUUCUUUAGGCAAAUCAAUCCAUCUGACUCGUCUUGUAUAAUACAGCCAGUGCAAUGGAAAUCCUUAGAGCUCCUGUUUUUUUGUUGUUGUUGCUGUUUACUUUUUUACUGACACAAUAUUGUAAAUAUUGUUCACAGACCAGAACUCAUCAGGUUUAUCAGCCACACUGAGCAGUUUUUCCUGCAUUGUACCAUGUACAUUUUUCAUUUUGCAUGAACAUGAAAUAUAGAUUUUUAUAACGUGAGGACUUGUUACAGGACAUCCAAUAAGAACAGUAGUUUGGUCCAAUACACAAAUAAAACCAUUUAUACCUAGUUA